CUCAACAGACCCAUUCCAGCCAGUCAAUGCCUCCUCCCUCCCUCUACGUGCUCUAACCCCAAUACCCAAUACCCACUCCCCCACUACUCGACUAAGGUAUCGAUACCUUGCCCCCCUAUCCAUGGACAUCGACUCCGCGCCCGCCCAACCGCUCCGCAGCGACGUCCCCGCCAUGUUUCGACCCCCCGUCAACCGGGCCAUGCGAGUCCUGGACCGGUCCUUCUUCAAGACCACCGUGCCCGUCACCGCGGCCACCAUCUACAAGGCCUCCGACAUCUCCAGCGUGCGCGCCAAGCUGCAGAAGAGUCGCGAUCUGCUGCUGUUGCCGAGGCUGAGCUCCAUCCGCGAUAUCGAGAAGGACAAUUUCGUGCGGAAGUGUCUGCUGCUGAAGGAGGAGGUCAAGCAUGAUGACGCUGCGACGUGGUCGCCUACGGUCACGGAGCUGGUGGAGAAGGGACUGGUUGGCGUUGGGCCGUAUGAUCUGACGUUGGAGUACGAUUAUUGGACGUAUGCGGAUAUCAUGGCCGCCAUUCUCCCGGAGGAAAUGCUGGACGAGAUCCCCCAGGGAUUCACACAGGUCGGUCACGUCUCCCAUCUGAACCUCCGCGAACAAUAUCUCCCCUAUAAGACCUUCAUCGCGGAGGUCCUGUUGGACAAGAACCCCAACAUCCGGACGGUGAUCCGCAAGACCGAGGACGUGGGCUCCCACAGCCAAUUCCGCACGUUCCCCUUCGAGCUGCUGGCGGGCGACAACGACCUGAACGUCAUCCAGCAUGAGCAAAACUGCGAGUUCCGCUUCGACUACUCCCGCGUGUACUGGAACAGCCGUCUGGAGACGGAGCACCGUCGUCUGGUGGACAAGUUCCGCCCCGGCGAGAUGGUCUGCGACGUCAUGGCGGGCGUUGGACCGUUCGCCGUCCCCGCCGGCCGCAAGAAGAUCUUCGUGUGGGCCAACGACCUCAACCCCCACGGAUACGAGGUCAUGCAGGACGCCAUCAAGCACAACAAGGCCGACAAGUUCGUCACCCCCUUCAACAAGGACGGCCGGGACUUCAUCCGCUGGUCUGCCCGCGAGCUGCUGGAGUCUCCGCUCACGGUGACCGUCGAGCCGAAGAUCCGCCGCAGCAAGAAGGCCGCCGCCGAGGAGCAGGGCCUGGCCCUUCCCCAGCCCGAGGUCUUCCACCGCCCCACCGUCUUCCACCACUACGUGAUGAACCUCCCCGGAAACGCCAUCGAGUUCCUCGACGCCUUCGUCGGUGUCUACGCCGGCAAGGAGUCCCUCUUCGCGCCCCACACCUCCCAGCGUCUGCCCAUCGUCCAUGUGUACUGCUUCUCCGGCCACUCGGACGACGAGCACGACGACCACGUCGACAUCUGCCAGCGCAUCUCCGAGCGCAUCGGCCACACCAUCACCACCGAGGACCGCGUCGGUGGCUCCGGCAACCAGGAGAUCGAGCUGGCGAUCCACAACGUCAGACUGGUCAGCCCCAACAAGCAGAUGUUCUGCGCGAGCUUCCGUCUGCCGAAGGAGGUGGCUUUCAAGCAGGUGUAGAACUGUCAAACAACUAUAGCUUUCAAACAGCUGCACAACUUCUGUCUCUGCCACCUGAUGAUGCUGGUUAUUAUACAUCCCACCCCAUCCGAUCAUCUAUCGCAUAGCAUUUGGGCGUUCUGGCUAUGGAUAUAGAAACGUGUCGAUAAAUGUCGAAUUGAUACCCUU